AUGGUGAAAGGCACGAACGCCGAGCAAGCCCUCGCCAGAGAAGAAGCUUCGAGCAGCCGUCCAAAAAGACAAAGAGUUCCUUCCAUUGUUGAAGAAGAAGGCGAAAAUGGUGGAGGAGAUGUGGUAGUACGAUCUGGGACGUUGUUCGAGCUAGAUCUUCUCGAUUGUCCUAUUUGUUGUAACGCACUCACCAUUCCUAUCUUUCAGUGUGACAAAGGACAUAUAGCUUGUUCUUCUUGCUGUACUAAUGUAAGUAACAAAUGCCCUUACUGCUCUUUGGCAAUUGGUAACUAUCGGUCUAGAAUAAUGGAGAGAGUUGUUGAAGCAUUCAUUGUCCGAUGUCCCAUUGUUGCUGGAGAAGCGUCGAGUAGCCGCCAAAAGAGGCUACGAGUUCCCUCCAUUGAUGAAGAAAACGGCGAGAAUGGUGGAAGAGAUGUGGUUGUGCCAUCUGGGACGUUGUCCCAGCUAGAUCUUCUCGAUUGUCCUGUUUGCAGUAAAGCACUCAAGAUUAGUAUCUUUCAGUGUGACAAUGGACAUGUAGCUUGCUCUUCUUGCUGUAUUGAACUGAGGUACAAAUGCCCAUCCUGCUCUCUGCCUAUUGGUAACUACCGAUGCAUAAUAAUGGAGAAAGUUGUCAAAGCAAUCAUUGUUCCUUGCCAAACGCCAAAAUGGCUGCACCGAGACAUUCUCUUAUGGCAACGAGUUAGUCCAUGAGAAGAAAUGCAGCUUCGCUCUGUGCUAUUGUCCUGCACCAAACUGCAACUACGCGGGUGUGUACAAGGAUCUCUACAGUCACUACGCUGCUAACCACAAAAAAUUAUGGACACGUUUCAGUUGUGGCUAUUCCAUGCAUGUAUGCAUGGACUUCGAGUCGAAAAGUUUGGUACUUCAGCAAUAUUCAGAUGGUCCAUUGGUUGUGCUUCAGUGUUUCAAGGAACCACCACAAGGAUUGUUUUGGACUGUGAAUUGUAUAGCACCUUCUGCUCCAGGAGUUGGAAAGUUCUCCUAUGAGCUAUCCUACUCGACGGCAGGUAACACUUUGACGUUUAGAUCGUCGGAGAUGAAUCGGAUUCAGAAAGUGAGCUUCCAAACUCCGGAGAAGGACUUCAUGUUUAUUCCUGAAUAUAUCUUGUGUCCGAUGGGUUUGUAUAAGGGUACUUAUAUUUGUAUCCGCAGCCUAGAAGAAGAAGAAGAAGAAGAAGAAGACAAUGAAGACUAA